AAUGGGGUUGAACACAGCUUCUGCCUAGCGUCACUUCCUCGUCCGAGCGGAAGUAAUUAAUGCAGGUGGUUGUUUUUAGUUUAUAGCUGCUUUGUUACCAGAUUUGGGAUUAAAUUAAAAUCCAUUUCAGUUAUAUUAAACAGAAUUAAUCGGUCUGGGAGUUGAGGCGGGACAGGAGGAGACCUGAGUGGCACCGAGACUAAUCGUGAAAGGACGGCGUGAGCGCGGGGGUGCUCUCGGGUGAACAGAAGGGAGACUGCGAGACGUCAGGCACACAGCCCCAAAGAAUAAAUGAGAAGCCGGUCUGACUGAAGAGGAGUAAUGGAUAUAGAUGUUCAGGGUGCAUCCGGCCUGCAUUUGACUAUAGGGGGCGCUGCUGUGCAUUCUCGCUCAGAGGAUGAGGAGCCAGCGGGGGGGAAGGGCAUCAAGAGAACAGCGGCACAGGUCUUCAGCGGGGGGGUGCCCAAGAGACGCAGCUCCUCCAGGUCUAUAAAGCGCAAGAAGUUUGAUGAUGAGCUGGUGGAGAGCAGCCUGGCCAAAUCCUCCACCCGGGUCAAAGGGCCGCCUGUGAUUGAACCAGCCCGCUACUCCGGGAGCGAGCCCUCGUCCAAUGAGAAAAAGAAGGUGUCGAAAUCUAACAGCACACCAGCGCCCCCUCUGGCCACAGUCACCACCCUUCCCACCAUCACCAAGAGAGUGAAGAAGAGCAAGCAGCCCCUGCAGAUCACUAAAGACCUGGGCAGGUGGAAGCCCACUGACGACCUGCUCCUCAUUAACGCAGUGCUACAGACCACAGACCUGACUGCAGUUCACCUGGGAGUGAAGUUCAGCUGCAGGUUCACUCUGCGAGAGGUGCAGGAGCGCUGGUACGCCCUGCUGUACGACCCUGUCAUCUCCAAGUUGGCGUGGCAGGCAAUGCGCCAGCUGCACCCGGAGGCCAUCGCUGCCAUUCAGAGCAAGGCUUUAUUCAGCAGGCCAGAGGAGGCGCUGCUGUCCAAGAUUGGCUCGACCAGCCAGCCCAAGCUGGAUGUGUUCCAGGAGCUGCUGAACAAACACCCAGGCGUGUUCUACCCAUCCCGCACAGCCCGGAGCCUGCAGGUGCACUGGCAGCUCCUCAAACAGUACUACCUGCUGGAGGACCAGGCCGUCCAGCCGCUGCCCAGAGGAGACCAGGUCCUCAACUUCUCAGACGCAGAGCAGCUGGUGGACGACACCAAACUCAAGGACACCAGGGAUGAAGUCCUGGAGCACGAGCUGAUGAUCGCAGAUCGACACCAGAAGAGGGAGAUCAGGCAGCUGGAGCAGGAGCUGCCACGCUGGCAGGUGCUGGUGGACAGCAUCACAGGGAUGAGCUCCCCGGACUUCGACAAUCAGACGCUGGCAGCGCUGCGAGGGAGGAUGGUGCGCUACCUGAUGAGGUCACGAGAGAUCACUCUGGGUCGAGCCACUAAGGACAGGCAGAUAGAUGUGGACCUGUCUCUGGAGGGACCGGCCUGGAAGAUCUCCCGAAAACAAGGAAUCAUUAAGCUGAAGAACAACGGGGAUUUCUUCAUCGCUAACGAGGGCCGGAGACCGAUCUACAUCGACGGCAGACCAGUGCUGUCUGGAAACAAGUGGAAACUGAAUAACAACAGUGUGGUGGAGAUCGCUGGCCUUCGCUUUGUCUUCCUGAUCAACCAGGAGCUCAUUGCUCUCAUCAAGGCAGAGGCAGCCAAGAUCAGCCUGCAGUGAGGCAGCAGGGGACACUGUCACAGCCAGUCUGAGCAGACUUGUGUGUGGGAGAGUACACCUGUGGUCUUGUGUAAGAAUGUAUACAAGUGUUCAUAUGAAUCGUAAGAGCAACUAGUGCAGUUACUUUAGCAAAAGAAGAAAACCAAAUGCCUUUGAGUCAGGCAGCAUUCCGCAGAAGCAUUGCGUUAGUAUUGGUGGAUCAGAAUUCAGAACCACUCAUAGCGACUGCAAAUAUUAUGAAAGUAUGAAACUGUUUGUAGGUAUUUACUCUUUGAGUGAUUGUUUGUAUGGGAGGGGUGUGUGUGUGUGUGGGUGAGCUUUAUAAGACUGCAGAGUAUUACAAAUAUUAUGAAAAUCUGCUGAAGAAAAAAGAAGAUUCUAAUGGCUUGCUUGAAGAAUUUGGCUGUGAUACCAAGGCGGUGAAAAUAAAAAGGAAGACAUUUACUAGAAAAGCAGCACUGCUGUAACUGAACACAAGGUGGCACUGUUUUGCUUGUUCUGCUAACUUCUACACCUCCAUGAACCAGCAGGGGGUGCUGUUCAUUCUGAAACUGUGACAAGCAGGUAAUUGACCCUGCAGGUGGAGCGGGUACGAUCUCCUGACAGCACGGGACCCAUGAUGCCCCUGCAGCUUUAACAUGGAGCAAAAGCAACGCCUUUGUAAAGGGCAAAUAAAAGGACUUCAAACCCUG